CAAAACCCGGCGGAGUUGGUUUCCUUUCAAACUCUUCGUGAUAGAGAUAUAUAUAUAUAUAAAAAAAAGUGGCGUGAAAGGAGCAAAGAGUGCGCGGAGGAAUCCUGAGUUGCAGCGGGAUCUUGGCGCGAGGGAGAGAGAGAGAGAGAGAGAGAGAAGAACGCGGGGUCGGCGCCGGGCAACGUUCCACUCGCUCACUCGCUCGCACCGCGCGCUCCACACCUGCAGCAGAGACACAGCUCCCGGGGCUGCACGCGGCGGCGGCGGCGGCGGCGGCGCGAUGAGGAGCCUCUGGAUCGUCUUGACUCUCGGGCUGUGCUCGCUGGUCAGCGGGGAGCUGAGGCAGUCUGUCUCGGCAACAAAAUUGCCAUGGUCUGAAGACUUGUACGUUGAUGAUGCUAUUGAAUCUGGAAAUUGGCCGGUUGACGAUGAUGAUUAUGAUAGUUCUGGAUCUGGCUCAGGGAAUUCUGCAAUUGUACAAAUGGCAACCUUUAAUCCUCCACAAAUGAUUCCAGACAUCCAAACGACUACCGCCACAACAAAAUUGGUUAUCGCAAGAGUGGAGCCAACCACGCAGAAAAAAAUGGUCAGAAAACCUGUUCAAACCGAGAUGACUGUGGACACCCCUAUUCAAGAUAAGCCAAAGAAAACGGAUGAUUUUGUUAUUGAAAAACCAACUAUCAAUACUGAUGAUGAUACUGAGGUCUCGGCAGAAAAACAUUCAGAAAGCCUUUUCCAGAGAACAGAAGUUCUUGCAGCUGUUAUUGCUGGAGGAGUCAUUGGCUUCUUAUUUGCCAUUUUCCUCAUCUUGCUCUUGGUGUACCGCAUGAGGAAGAAGGACGAAGGCAGCUAUGACCUCGGUGAACGUAAACCAUCCACCGCGGCCUAUCAAAAGGCACCCACCAAGGAGUUUUAUGCAUAAACCUUAAGAGUAUCUCGAUUUGCGAGAUCACUGAACUAUAUUAAUUAAAGCUUUUGCAUAGAGAUAAUGAAGACCUUUUCUUAAUGAAAAGCCACAAAGGCUCUCUUGUAACGAACCCUGUUGUAUUUAAAACAUUUUCCUGUAUUCUUUUUAAAGAAAAAAUGCCAUUUGACUUAGUCUUAAUGCUUUAAGAUUGUGACUGUGAACAGCAAUGGCUUAGUAUCUAUCGUUCACUGAAAUUUGCGGAAGAAAAAAAUACAUUUUAACUACAUCUGCAGAGCGAAUGGAAGUAUGAGAGAUACUUGUUCUGCAUCCUUCAAUUUUCUAUGAGAGUUCUAUAAUUUAGUCAUAACACACAUGAAAAUUGAUCUUACAAGUUAAAAAUGUUCAUUAAUUUAUCUUUUCAGAUAUGUUAAAAUGCCUUUCUAUAGUUUUCAUGGUGCAAUUUGUCUUCAAAUAAUUCAGAUAUGUGUAAAUGUAAUUUCUGCUAUGGGAGCUAUGUAAACAUUGACCUCUACUUUGU